GCUCUUCCAUGUUUUUUUUCCAUGGAAUAUAAAAAGGAAUCAUUAUAUAUCAAAUUUUUUUUUUUUUUUUUUUUUUUUUAUGCAUUACAGUACACAGGUACAAUACAAAGUUCAUAGUCACUAUUGCUGUUACAGCUUUUUAUUUAUUUUAAUAUAAAUAUAAUACUGGCAUGGUACGCAAUUAUAAUAUUAUAAAUAUAAAACAUGGCCAGUUGCAAGAAUUGUAAGAAGAUUUUAGAGCUUUGGCAGAAGGGAAGAUAAACUUACAAAGUGAUUGGAAUUACUGCCUGGUCUUCGCACAAAGCCAUUAUGUGGCUUCAAGUCUGACAAAUCCCUUAGGACUAGUUACUAUAUAUUUGUGGUGUUUAUUUGGAGUUUUAGACAAUCAUGGACAUUGUGAACUUAUUCAGAAAAGAGCUGCAUUCAUUUAAAAAUAAAUACAGUAUGGGUUCGGAAUGACAUGAGGUUGAAUAAAUGGUCAAAUAUUAAAUUUUUGAGAGAUAUCCAGGGUUUUAACCAUUUCGGAUUGAUUUAUGCGUUUCAUGCAAAACAUGCAGAAACUUCUGGAACUGUUAUUAGGGGCUGAGUAAUAACUCAUCUUACAAAAAAAAGUCAUGUAGACUUAAAGUAGAAACCACUGUCAGGCCUGCUGUCAGAGAUCAUGACAUACUAAUGUGAUUCAACAAUCAUCUGCAAAUAGUCUCUCUGGCAAGAGCAUCUUUUUCACUGGCUGUUUAUUCAAGUGUUAUUUUUAAAAACCUAAUUGUGACCAUCAAAAUGUCCUUGCCUUCAUGUUUGGCAGGCAGUACCUAUAAACCACUUUUAUGCCCUAUUCAAUGUGUACUAGAAAUUACUAUUGGCUUCUCUGCUGUGUGACAACAAUCAGGGGGAGGAGGAGGAAAGACUUGGUUCAAAUGUGGUGCAUGAAAACAAGCUGAGGUUACGGAUCUCAUUGCUAAGUUGGCUGAGAAUCGUAGGGGUGUGACUUCAGAUCACACCCACCCGUCUUCCAAUUCGGUCAUCUGAGCUAUGAGAUUACAGCCUCUUAAUAUAGUCUAGAGCAGGGUAUAUAUAGGGUACAUACAGAGCCCUGACUUCAGACCAACUUCUGAACGACUGUCUAGGAAGGAACAGUACAUUUAAGAGACGAACAGAGAGACGGACCAGCUGCAAUCAUCAAGACCAGCACCUUGGAAAAAACUUCUAAAGACCUUAUUCUUCUGAACCUUUUAGCCACAUUAAGAAUUGGUACCGAAUUUCUCAUCUUGGAAACAAGAACAUUAAAGAAUAAUGAAGUACUACCAGUGUCCAGUCACCCAGACCAUACACUAUGAGGGCUGCAAUCCAAAUGCCACUGGCCCAGUGUCAUGCUCUCAUUCUCGGCCUUCCAUCAAACCUAUUCGCAAUGUUCACUUUCCCAAUGACAUAGUCUUCCAGGAUUAUGUCCGUCAAGGAGAGCUGGAGAGAAUUGGACGCUUCAUUAGAACCAGAAGAGUGCGCCUGGACACCAUUUACCAUUCAGGCAUGGCAGCCAUUCAUGAGGCAGUCCUAUCUGGAAACCUGGAGUGUGUGAAGCUUCUGGUAAAGUUUGGGGCUGACAUCACCCAGAGAGAUGAGGACGGAUGGACUCCCCUCCACAUGGCUUGCAGUGAUGGCUUUCCAGAGAUAGCUAAGUACUUGCUUUCCUUGGGUGCAGACACUGAGGCUGAAAAUGACUGUGGGGAAAAGCCUGCUGACCUUAUUGACCCAGACUGCAAAGAGCUGCUUGAACUCUUUGGGGUCGGUGGUGACUGAACUUGCAUCCCCUACCUGAAACUGAAGUUCUUCUGAUUGCUCUCAUCUUUUGUGGCAGUUGCCACAUUAAAAGUAUGGAGUGGAACAGCCACUGUGUAUACAGUGGAGCUGGUAGUUGAGACACCUUGACAGUGUGUCUGGUUAUAAUUGUCCGGUCCUGUGCAUUUGGGCCAAUGACAGUGAUUAGGAUGUGAGUUGCACUUGCCUCCGCAGGAAAGAACUCUUCCAGUGGAGACGAUGCAGUGUUCUUGCUCUAAGCAAAUGUGAAACACACAUCAGCUUUUCUGUGUCAGUUUUUUAGUUAAUGCAUUCUAUUGUGAAACAUGAUUAUGUAGCAGAUCAAUGCACUGUUGUUAGAGUUUGAUAAAUAGCACCUUGUGAUUUUUUUUUUUUAUCAAUUUACAUGUAAAACCUGACAUUGUACAGAGUCUUAAUUUUAUACAUACCUGUAAUAAAAGUUUUAUACAUAAAUAUAUAUAAAUAAAUUUGUCUGUUAUUUAAAGUCA